AUGUCUGCUGACUCUGGCGUGCACCUUACAACCUCUCGUAUUAGCCGUGUCUUCAGACCUCUCCGAGCCAAAUGCAUCACCCUGGCAGAAUUCUUCCCUAUUGCCCCAGUGCGAAGGCAUACGCUGGUGUCGGUCACUUAUGCUAACAAAACGCGCCCCGCGUCCCGAUCUACGCCUAUAGAACACGACACACCACCCUUAGCUGUCCUACAGCCACCUGAGACCCUUGGAUCCCGCAUUCACCUUGAUAGAACCAGUGUAGAGAACCUGCAGCUGUCAAGGAAGAUUUACGAGGUUAGAGACGCGUUUCGGAAUCUCGUACAGGUUGCACUUGGACCCGGAAAUGGCCAUAAGCCAAAUAGUACGCGUAUCAUGAGCCUUGCAGCGAUGUGCUCUGUUGUUGUAGGUGAACAUAUACAGUCCGAACUUCGUGCAUGCGAGGAAGAUGAGUUGGUUGAGGAUGAAAACGCGUCCGCCAAACUCAUGGAUGAGUUGUACGAGGCCGUUCCACCGCAUUAUCGCAGGUGA